CCGCUCCCCUCCCCUCAGCCCCCGCUCCCCGCCCUCUUCCCGGGCCUGGGCGCCGGCCGCCCCGUCCCUCCGCCGCCCCCCGGCCGCGGGGAGGACAUGGCCGCGCACAGGCCGGUGGAAUGGGUCCAGGCCGUGGUCAGCCGCUUCGACGAGCAGAGGCUGAGAAAUCCCACUAUCUGCCAUCUGCAAGCUGGAGACCCAGGAAGCUUCCAAUAAAAACAGGACAGCAGAACACACAUACCAAAGUCAGUACCGAACACAACAAGGAAUGUCUUAUCAAUAUUUCCAAAUACAAGUUUUCUUUGGUUAUAAGUGGCCUCACUACUAUUUUAAAGAAUGUUAACAAUAUGAGAAUAUUUGGAGAAGCUGCUGAAAAAAAUUUAUAUCUCUCUCAGUUGAUUAUAUUGGAUACACUGGAAAAAUGUCUUGCUGGGCAACCAAAGGACACAAUGAGAUUAGAUGAAACAAUGCUGGUCAAACAGUUGCUGCCAGAAAUCUGCCAUUUUCUUCACACCUGUCGUGAAGGAAACCAACAUGCAGCUGAACUUCGGAAUUCUGCCUCUGGAGUUUUAUUUUCUCUCAGCUGCAACAACUUCAAUGCAGUCUUUAGUCGCAUUUCUACCAGGUUACAGGAAUUGACUGUUUGUUCAGAAGACAAUGUUGAUGUUCAUGAUAUAGAAUUGUUACAGUAUAUCAAUGUGGAUUGUGCGAAAUUAAAACGACUCCUGAAGGAAACAGCAUUUAAAUUUAAAGCCCUAAAGAAGGUUGCACAGUUAGCUGUUAUAAAUAGCCUGGAAAAAGCAUUUUGGAACUGGGUAGAAAAUUAUCCAGAUGAAUUUACAAAGCUAUACCAGAUUCCACAGACAGAUAUGGCUGAGUGUGCAGAAAAGCUUUUUGACUUGGUGGAUGGUUUUGCUGAAAGCACCAAACGUAAAGCAGCAGUUUGGCCACUACAAAUCAUUCUUCUUAUCUUGUGUCCAGAAAUAAUCCAGGAUAUAUCCAGGGAUGUGGUUGAUGAAAACAACAUGAAUAAGAAGUUGUUUCUGGAUAGUCUACGUAAAGCACUUGCUGGCCAUGGAGGAAGCAGGCAGCUGACUGAAAGUGCUGCAAUUGCCUGUGUCAAAUUGUGUAAAGCAAGUACCUACAUCAAUUGGGAAGAUAACUCCGUCAUUUUCCUACUAGUUCAGUCUAUGGUGGUCGAUCUUAAGAACCUGCUCUUUAAUCCAAGCAAACCAUUCUCAAGAGGCAGCCAGCCUGCGGAUGUGGAUCUAAUGAUUGACUGCCUUGUUUCUUGCUUUCGUAUAAGCCCUCACAACAACCAACACUUUAAGAUCUGCCUGGCUCAGAAUUCCCCUUCUACAUUUCACUAUGUGCUGGUAAAUUCCCUCCAUCGAAUCAUCACCAAUUCUGCAUUGGAUUGGUGGCCAAAGAUUGAUGCCGUAUAUUGUCACUCAGUUGAACUUCGAAAUAUGUUUGGUGAAACACUUCAUAAAGCAGUGCAAGGCUGUGGAGCACACCCAGCAAUACGAAUGGCACCGAGUCUUACGUUUAAGGAAAAAGUAACAAGCCUUAAAUUUAAAGAAAAACCUACAGAUCUGGAGACAAGAAGUUAUAAGUAUCUUCUCCUGUCCAUGGUGAAACUAAUUCAUGCAGAUCCAAAGCUAUUGCUUUGUAAUCCAAGAAAACAGGGGCCUGAAACCCAAGGCAGUACAGCAGAAUUAAUUACAGGCCUUGUCCAACUGGUCCCUCAGUCACACAUGCCAGAGAUUGCUCAGGAAGCCAUGGAGGCUCUGCUGGUUCUUCAUCAAUUAGAUAGCAUUGAUUUGUGGAACCCUGAUGCUCCUGUAGAAACAUUUUGGGAAAUUAGCUCACAAAUGCUUUUUUACAUCUGCAAGAAAUUAACUAGCCAUCAAAUGCUUAGUAGCACAGAAAUUCUCAAAUGGUUGCGGGAAAUUCUGAUCUGCAGGAAUAAAUUUCUUCUUAAAAAUAAGCAGGCAGAUAGAAGCUCCUGUCACUUUCUGUUCCUUUAUGGGAUAGGAUGUGACAUUCCUUCAAGUGGAAAUACCAGUCAAAUGCCCAUGGAUCAUGAAGAGUUACUCCGUACUUGUACUGCUGGAGCCUCUCUCCGGAAGGGAAAAGGAAACUCAUCCAUGGAUAGUGCAGCAGGGUGCAGUGGAACCCCACCGAUAUGCCGACAAGCCCAAACCAAACUGGAAGUGGCCCUGUACAUGUUUCUGUGGAGCCCUGACACUGAAGCUGUUCUGGUUGCCAUGUCCUGUUUCCGCCACCUCUGUGAGGAAGCGGAUAUCCGGUGUGGGGUGGAUGAAGUAUCGGUGCACAACUUCUUGCCCAACUAUAACACAUUCAUGGAAUUUGCUUCUGUUAGCAAUAUGAUGUCAACAGGAAGAACAGCACUUCAGAAAAGAGUGAUGGCACUACUAAGGCGCAUUGAGCACCCCACUGCAGGAAACACUGAGGCUUGGGAAGAUACACACGCAAAAUGGGAACAAGCUACAAAACUAAUCCUCAACUAUCCAAAAGCUAAAAUGGAAGAUGGCCAGGCUGCUGAAAGCCUUCACAAGACCAUUGUUAAGAGGCGAAUGUCUCAUGUGAGUGGAGGAGGAUCCAUAGAUUUGUCUGACACCGACUCCCUACAGGAAUGGAUCAACAUGACUGGCUUUCUUUGUGCUCUUGGGGGAGUGUGCCUGCAGCAGAGAAGCAAUUCUGGCCUAGCAACCUAUAGCCCACCCAUGGGCCCAGUCAGUGAACGCAAGGGUUCCAUGAUUUCAGUGAUGUCCUCAGAAGGAAAUGCAGACACACCUGUCAGCAAAUUUAUGGAUCGACUGUUGUCCUUAAUGGUGUGUAACCAUGAGAAAGUGGGACUUCAGAUAAGGACCAAUGUGAAGGAUCUGGUGGGUCUGGAAUUGAGUCCUGCUCUUUAUCCAAUGCUAUUUAACAAAUUGAAGAAUACCAUCAGCAAAUUCUUUGACUCACAAGGACAGGUUUUAUUGACUGACACCAAUACUCAAUUUGUAGAGCAAACUAUAGCUAUAAUGAAGAAUUUACUAGAUAAUCAUACUGAAGGCAGCUCUGAACACUUGGGGCAAGCUAGCAUUGAAACAAUGAUGUUAAAUUUGGUCAGAUAUGUCCGUGUGCUUGGGAAUAUGGUUCAUGCGAUUCAAAUAAAAACGAAACUGUGUCAGUUAGUCGAGGUAAUGAUGGCAAGGAGAGAUGACCUCUCAUUUUGUCAAGAGAUGAAAUUUAGGAAUAAGAUGGUAGAAUACUUGACAGACUGGGUUAUGGGAACAUCAAAUCAAGCAGCAGAUGAUGAUGUAAAAUGUCUUACAAGAGAUUUGGACCAGGCAAGCAUGGAAGCAGUAGUUUCACUCCUGGCUGGCCUUCCACUGCAGCCUGAGGAAGGAGAUGGUGUGGAACUAAUGGAAGCCAAAUCACAGUUAUUUCUUAAGUAUUUCACAUUGUUUAUGAACCUUUUGAAUGACUGUAGUGAAGUUGAAGAUGAAAAUGCACAAACAGGUGGCAGGAAACGUGGCAUGUCUCGGAGGCUGGCAUCACUGAGGCACUGUACAGUCCUUGCAAUGUCCAACUUACUCAAUGCUAAUGUGGACAGUGGCCUCAUGCAUUCCAUAGGUUUAGGUUACCACAAAGAUCUCCAGACAAGAGCUACAUUUAUGGAAGUUCUGACUAAAAUCCUUCAACAAGGCACAGAAUUUGACACACUUGCCGAAACAGUGUUGGCGGAUCGGUUUGAGAGACUGGUGGAGCUGGUCACGAUGAUGGGUGAUCAGGGAGAGCUCCCUAUAGCUAUGGCUCUGGCCAAUGUGGUUCCUUGUUCUCAGUGGGAUGAACUAGCUCGAGUUCUGGUGACUCUAUUUGAUUCUCGGCAUUUACUCUACCAACUGCUCUGGAACAUGUUUUCUAAGGAAGUAGAAUUGGCAGACUCCAUGCAGACUCUUUUUCGAGGGAACAGCUUAGCUAGUAAAAUAAUGACCUUCUGUUUCAAGGUAUAUGGUGCUACCUACCUACAAAAACUCCUGGAUCCUUUAUUACGAAUUGUGAUCACAUCCUCUGAUUGGCAGCAUGUUAGCUUUGAAGUGGAUCCUACCAGGUUAGAACAGUCAGAGAGCCUUGAGGAUAACCAGCGAACCCUCCGUCAGAUGACUGAAAAGUUCUUCCAUGCCAUCAUCAGUUCCUCCUCGGAAUUUCCCCCUCAGCUUCGAAGUGUGUGCCACUGUUUAUACCAGGCAACUUGCCACUCCCUACUGAAUAAAGCUACAGUAAAAGAAAAAAAGGAAAACAAAAAAUCAGUGGUUAGCCAACGUUUCCCUCAGAACAGCAUCGGUGCAGUAGGAAGUGCCAUGUUCCUCAGAUUUAUCAAUCCUGCCAUUGUCUCACCAUAUGAAGCAGGCAUUUUAGAUAAAAAGCCACCGCCUAGAAUCGAAAGGGGCUUGAAGUUAAUGUCAAAGAUACUUCAGAGUAUUGCCAAUCAUGUUCUCUUCACAAAAGAAGAGCAUAUGCGGCCUUUUAAUGAUUUUGUGAAAAGCAACUUUGAUGCAGCACGAAGGUUUUUCCUUGAUAUAGCAUCUGAUUGCCCUACAAGUGAUGCAGUAAAUCAUAGUCUUUCCUUCAUCAGUGAUGGCAAUGUGCUUGCUUUACAUCGUCUACUCUGGAACAAUCAAGAGAAAAUUGGCCAGUAUCUUUCCAGCAACAGGGAUCACAAAGCUGUUGGAAGACGACCUUUUGAUAAGAUGGCAACACUGCUUGCAUACCUGGGUCCUCCAGAGCACAAACCUGUGGCAGAUACACACUGGUCCAGCCUUAAUCUUACCAGUUCCAAGUUUGAGGAAUUUAUGACUAGGCAUCAAGUACAUGAAAAAGAGGAGUUCAAGGCUUUGAAAACAUUAAAUAUUUUCUACCAAGCUGGGACUUCCAAAGCUGGGAAUCCUAUAUUUUAUUAUGUUGCACGAAGGUUCAAAACUGGUCAAAUCAACGGUGAUUUGCUAAUAUACCAUGUCUUGCUGACUUUAAAGCCAUAUUAUGCCAAGCCAUAUGAAAUUGUAGUGGACCUCACCCAUACUGGGCCUAGCAAUCGCUUUAAAACGGACUUCCUCUCCAAGUGGUUUGUUGUUUUUCCUGGCUUUGCUUAUGACAAUGUCUCUGCAGUUUAUAUCUAUAACUGUAACUCCUGGGUCAGGGAGUACACCAAGUAUCACGAGCGGCUGCUGACUGGCCUCAAAGGCAGCAAAAGGCUCAUUUUCAUAGACUGUCCCGGGAAACUGGCUGAGCACAUAGAGCACGAACAGCAGAAGCUACCCGCUGCCACCUUGGCAUUGGAAGAGGACCUGAAGGUGUUCCACAACGCGCUCAGGCUGGCUCACAAAGACACCAAGGUUUCUAUCAAAGUUGGUUCUACUGCUGUUCAGGUAACCUCAGCAGAGCGAACAAAAGUCCUGGGGCAGUCAGUCUUUCUCAAUGAUAUCUAUUAUGCUUCGGAAAUUGAAGAAAUCUGCCUAGUGGAUGAGAACCAGUUCACCUUAACCAUUGCAAACCAGGGCACACCACUCACCUUCAUGCACCAGGAGUGUGAUGCCAUUGUCCAGUCUAUCAUUCACAUCCGGACACGCUGGGAGCUGUCGCAGCCAGAUUCUAUCCCCCAGCACACCAAGAUUCGGCCAAAAGAUGUCCCUGGGACGCUGCUCAAUAUCGCAUUACUUAAUUUAGGCAGUUCAGAUCCUAGUUUACGGUCAGCUGCCUAUAAUCUUCUGUGUGCCUUAACCUGUACCUUUAAUUUAAAAAUCGAGGGCCAGUUACUAGAGACAUCAGGUUUAUGUAUCCCUGCCAACAACACCCUCUUUAUUGUCUCCAUUAGUAAGACGCUAGCAGCCAAUGAGCCACACCUCACCUUAGAAUUUUUGGAAGAGUGUAUUUCUGGAUUUAGCAAAUCUAGUAUUGAAUUGAAACAUCUUUGUUUAGAAUACAUGACUCCAUGGCUGUCAAAUCUUGUUCGAUUUUGUAAGCACAAUGAUGAUGCCAAACGACAAAGAGUCACUGCUAUUCUUGAUAAGCUGAUAACAAUGACCAUAAAUGAGAAACAGAUGUAUCCAUCUAUUCAAGCAAAAAUAUGGGGGAGCCUUGGGCAGAUCACAGAUCUCCUUGAUGUUGUACUGGACAGUUUCAUCAAAACCAGUGCGACAGGUGGCUUGGGAUCAAUAAAAGCUGAGGUCAUGGCAGAUACUGCUGUAGCUCUGGCUUCUGGAAACGUGAAAUUGGUUUCAAGCAAGGUUAUUGGAAGGAUGUGCAAAAUAAUUGAUAAGACAUGCUUAUCUCCAACUCCUACUUUAGAACAACAUCUCAUGUGGGACGAUAUUGCUAUUCUAGCACGCUACAUGCUGAUGCUGUCCUUCAACAACUCCCUGGACGUAGCAGCUCAUCUCCCCUACCUCUUCCACGUGGUUACUUUCCUAGUGGCCACGGGGCCACUCUCCCUUAGAGCUUCCACACAUGGAUUGGUCAUUAAUAUCAUUCACUCUCUAUGUACCUGUACACAGCUUCAUUUUAGUGAAGAGACCAAGCAAGUUUUGAGACUUAGUUUGACAGAGUUCUCAUUGCCCAAAUUUUACUUGCUGUUUGGCAUCAGCAAAGUCAAGUCUGCCGCUGUCAUCGCCUUCCGCUCCAGUUACCGGGACAGGUCAUUCUCUCCUGGCUCCUACGAGAGGGAGACUUUUGCUUUGACAUCCUUGGAAACAGUCACAGAGGCAUUGCUGGAGAUCAUGGAGGCAUGUAUGAGAGAUAUUCCAACAUGCAAGUGGCUAGACCAGUGGACAGAACUAGCUCAAAGAUUUGCAUUUCAGUAUAAUCCAUCCCUUCAACCAAGGGCUCUUGUUGUCUUUGGCUGCAUCAGCAAACGAGUGGCUCAUGGACAGAUAAAGCAGAUUAUCCGUAUUCUCAGCAAGGCACUUGAGAGUUGCUUAAAAGGACCUGAUACUUACAACAGUCAAGUUCUGAUAGAAGCUACAGUAAUAGCACUAACCAAAUUACAACCACUUCUUAAUAAGGACUCCCCUCUGCACAAAGCCCUCUUUUGGGUAGCUGUGGCCGUGCUGCAGCUCGAUGAGGUCAACUUGUAUUCAGCAGGCACCGCACUUCUUGAACAAAACCUGCACACCUUAGACAGUCUCCGGAUAUUCAAUGACAAGAGUCCGGAGGAAGUAUUUAUGGCAAUCCGGAAUCCUCUGGAAUGGCACUGCAAACAAAUGGAUCAUUUUGUUGGACUCAAUUUCAACUCUAAUUUUAACUUCGCACUGGUUGGACACCUUUUAAAAGGGUACAGACAUCCUUCACCUGCCAUUGUUGCAAGAACAGUCAGAAUUUUGCAUACGCUACUAACUUUGGUUAACAAACAUAGGAAUUGUGACAAAUUUGAGGUGAAUACACAGAGCGUGGCUUACUUAGCAGCUUUACUCACAGUGUCUGAGGAAGUUCGAAGUCGCUGUAGUCUAAAACAUAGAAAGUCUCUUCUUCUUACUGAUAUUUCAAUGGAAAAUGUUCCUAUGGAUACAUAUCCUAUUCAUCACAGUGACCCUAGCUAUAGGACUCUGAAGGAGAAUCAACCAUGGUCCUCUCCCAAAGGUUCUGAAGGGUACCUUGCAGCCACAUAUCCAACAGUGGGCCAGACCAGUCCCCGGGCCAGGAAAUCCAUGAGCUUGGACAUGGGGCAGCCUUCUCAGGCCAACACGAAGAAGUUACUUGGAACAAGGAAAAGUUUUGAUCACUUGAUAUCAGACACAAAGGCUCCUAAAAGGCAAGAAAUGGAAUCAGGGAUCACAACACCCCCCAAAAUGAGGAGAGUAGCAGAAACUGAUUAUGAAAUGGAAACUCAGAGGAUUUCCUCAUCACAACAGCACCCACAUUUACGUAAAGUCUCAGUGUCAGAAUCAAAUGUUCUCUUGGAUGAGGAAGUACUUACUGAUCCAAAGAUCCAAGCACUUCUUCUUACUGUUCUGGCUACACUGGUAAAAUAUACCACGGAUGAGUUUGAUCAACGAAUUCUUUAUGAAUACUUAGCAGAAGCCAGUGUUGUUUUCCCCAAAGUUUUUCCUGUUGUGCACAAUUUGUUGGACUCUAAGAUCAACACUCUGUUGUCAUUGUGCCAAGAUCCAAAUUUAUUAAAUCCAAUUCAUGGAAUUGUGCAGAGUGUGGUGUACCAUGAAGAAUCCCCACCACAAUACCAAACGUCUUACCUGCAAAGUAAAUACAUGUAUCGGGAGGAGGAUGGUUUUGGUUUUAAUGGUUUGUGGCGGUUUGCAGGACCCUUUUCAAAGCAAACACAAAUCCCAGACUAUGCUGAGCUUAUUGUUAAAUUUCUUGAUGCCUUGAUUGACACGUAUUUGCCUGGAAUUGAUGAAGAAACCAGUGAGGAGUCCCUCCUGACACCCACAUCUCCUUAUCCUCCUGCAGUGCAGAGCCAGCUUAGUAUCACUGCUAACCUUAACCUUUCUAAUUCCAUGACCUCACUUGCAACUUCCCAGCAUUCCCCAGCAUCCAGAUCAAGAAACAGCGCAUUACCAGCACCCCUAGAAGCCACCCUCAUGCCUUCUGUCAUUCACCACUUCCCCAAGGAAUCGACAAGGAGAACGUUGAACUCUCCCCAACCGCCGGGCACUGUAACAGUGGACGAACUCGCCAUGGAUCCGCAAGCCAGGUGCAGAAGCAGAGAAGCACUGGCAGCUUCAAACGUAAUAGCAUUAAGAAGAUCGUGUGAAGCUUUCUUUGUUUCCUUUUUCAAACAGACCUAACGUACGUACGUACAUAUGUACGUAUGCGGGCUCUGCACUAGGGACCCCUCACCACUGGCUGUGAUGCUGCACUUCCUGUUUAUAAAGAGCCCACCGGCUGCCGCGUUGCCAGAUGAUCAACUCUUGGAAGCAUUGCCUAAAUUAAUGCUGCUUUUCCUGUAGCUGUUUCUCCCUCCUACUCUCGGUGUCUGGUGUAGGCAAGUGUGCAGAACAACUUCAAAGAGUGUGGGAGGUCAGGGCGCUUGACCUGAGAACAUGGCAGUGGUGAGAGACUGGAUUCUUUCCUCCUGCCGACGGGGAAGGCCAUGUGCACAGAGCCCGCCUCUGGUUUCCUCUUCCUCAAAGGGAAGUGUCCGUCUGUGUACACACUUCCAAGGUAGACGUUCACGGGAGAAAUAAUAUUAUAACCCCAGUAUAUUUAAUCCGACGUUUAGCUGUGGACUUUUUUUACCUUUCAAAACCGAAGGAGCCAUAAAGGUCAGGCCUCAGUGGUUUCAUACCAUAAGCCACAGGCGAGGUACUUCGGGGGGUGGCGGGAUUUACUAUUUUGUAGUGGGUUCUUAAGAAAUACUAACACUUGAGUAUUAGCAAUAAUUACAGGAAAAUAAGUGUAACCACAUAUAUCGUAACAUUACCGAAUACAGCGAUGGGUUCUGAGGCCUUAUCCAAACUCAGUCAUCCAAACUAGUUUAUUUUUUUCCAGCUGAUUAUGUUUUAAUCUUUAACUAUGCUAAAAAGUUGUUGUUUUUUGUUUUUAUAAACCAAAACUAUACUGAGUAUAGUAAUUACACAUUUUCCGCUCCUCUUCUUUCCUAAACAAUUCUGAGCAGGGUAAUCCGUGAACAGAGUGUUGAAAGUUGUUUUAAGAAGGUAACUUGUAUAGAUGUUUGUAUUAGCUGCAGAGCAACAUGAAAUGGUACGUGACUUUUUGAGUAGCUAUUGCUUUUACUUUGCUUAAUAAUUUCCCAGAAAGAGGGAGUGUGGUGUAUAUUAACAAAAACGUCAUUGACAAAACAUAGUUUGUCUUGUAUCCUUUCCCUCCAAAAGAAUCAGGAAUUUCUUUAGCAAAACAUUUGGGUUGUAUAUGAUAGAAUUGCAUUUAAUCACUGUGAAAAGACUAGUCAGCCUACAUUAGUGUGACUGUAAGGGACCGUAAGAGGUGCUGCUCUACUGAAUGGGACGGAUUAUCAUGGUGUGGGGGUUUCCAUAGUAACGCAGACCCAGUGUCUUUGGGGUACCUGCAGUAUGCAAAACAAUUCGACUUCAGUGAGCAUAUAGUAUCUAGAUGUUCCAAUUCAGGACUAAACCAUAUUUAUUACAAAAAGAUAUUCUCCCCCGAGUCCCAGGUUCCCUUUAUACAUUAAGAUGUAGUGGCUUUGAGAGGGGAGUUUCCUGUAGUGCUGUUUCCUAGUGGAUUUCAGUAAAUUCAAUUCCACAGCUCAGUCAAUGAAUAAUGGUACAUGUAAGUGUUCUGGUUUUAAUAAUAUAACACAUUUCACAUUUAUUCACACAGUAACAAUGUAAUAUGUUAAUGUAAAUAAAAUUGCUUUUGAUAUUCAGAAAUAAUAAGAAUUUAAUCUUUUUAAUUUGUUUACAGUCCUGGGAAAAGUAAGACCAUUUGCCAAAAUAAAAGGAAAAAAAACCUUAGUAUUAAUAGGUAUUUUGACAUAAAAUUAUUGGAAAAUAUUGAAGACAGGUGCAAUUAACUACACUUUUGUUUUUAACUCGUAGAGGCUGCAUUAGAGUAGAUUGUUUAUAAUAACAGAGCAACUAAGACUAUAAAGAAUCUAAGACUAGCACUGGGUUUAGAAAAGGUCACUAACAGCCCAGUGACCAGGAUGCCAAGCUGCUGUUCCGGUCUUGGCUCUUGCACAACCCAGGGCUUCGGGGCAGGUCUCACACCUUCUUGGCUCCUGGAAUAAAGACCAACAUGAGCCUUCAAUCAUUUCGGUUUCCUGUUUUUCUUCUUUGUCAGUUAGUUUGGUGCACAUGACAGUGGGUAUUAUUAUGCUGUUUUCCUUCUCUCAUCAAAAUAGAUAAACUUCCAAAGGUUUACUGUUAAAAAAAAUAUUUAUCUUUCCAUAAACACGUUUUCCAAGGGAUGGUAUUUCUUAAAGGUAUGCACUGCCCUCUAAUGUAAUGAAUGGCAUGAAUUCACUUAAAGUACCUCAUGAAAUGAUCAGCGUUGCACAAAUCAAAUUGAACCUUCUUUGAACUACAAACAUACUUUUGACCAAUACAUCCUAAGAAUUUGAAAACUUUCCAAGAUUUAAAAUUUUCCUUGUUUAAAGAACUUCUGGCUUUUGAGGAAAAUCCAGCUUUCCACAUAACUAAAAUGCACAGGACAUAAGUCUCUCACGUAUGCUCCCCUGAGGGAUGAAGUGCUUUUCCAGGCCUCGUACCUGUGCUCUGCUCGGGGAAUUCUGACAUUCAGAGCAAGUUGCCCAUUUUGCAAAAUCUGAUGCAAGUUCCGUAAAGGACAUUUGUAGGUCAUGUGAUUUUGAUUUGUGGAUUUUCCCCGGACUUUUUCAAGAGGAAAACAUGAACUCAUCACUAUCCAUUGUGUGUAGUCUGCCUAUUUUACCACUGCCCCAGCCCCGGGGGUAUGCCCUUGUUUGCCAACAUGGAGACACGGUUCACUGGCUUCGGGGGAAGUGGCGAGUGCUCUGUGCUUCGUCACUCCACACCUGUUCCCUUCUGGGUGCAGAUCCUGAGCCAGGCGCCAGGUCAGAACGGAUGUUCUGGGGGGCGAACGGAAGCGGGCAACCCUCCCUGCGUGGUGGUCUUUAGGGUUUUUCAGUUUUGUUUUGGGUUUUUGUUUCAUUUUUUUUUUUUUCCAUUUCCCCUUCAUCUCCUGGCAUAAUGAGGCAUGUCUUAGUCAAUGUUAUGCAAUGGACUUUUACGAAAACUCACUUAGUGUCAGCCACACAAUUUUUUUUAAUGCAGUAUAUUCACCUGUAAAUAGUUUGUGUAAAAUUUGACAGAAAAGUAUAUUUACUACACUGUAAAUACAUGUGAUGAUAUAUUGUAUUAUUUUGCUUUUUUGUAAAGCAGUUAGUUGCUGUACAUGGAUAACAAACAAAAAUUUGAUUAUUCUCGUGUUAGUGUUGUUAACUUUUUCCUGCGACUGCGUUGCAUCAUUUAAAGAAAAUGCUGUGUAUUAUAAACUUACAUUGUAUAUGAUAACUCCCUCUCCUUUCCAUCAGACCUACACUCAGCAGUUCCCUGUUAAUAUUGUCAGCAGCUGUUCGCCAGCAGGAGAAAUACUGCCCAACAGACAAAACCGGUCAUUGUAGGGGACAUGGUAGAAACCUAUUUCAGACCAUUGUUCCCCACCCCAUUUUCCUCCCUGUGUAUGUACUCCCCUUCCCCCCUUUUUUAAGUAAAAUGUAAAUUCAAUCUGC